GCUGUCAGCGCACAGAAGAUGGUGGCGGCUGCGGUCUCUGCGUUGCCCACCGCGCCUGGAUAGAAAGCAACCAUUCUGCUGCAGCGCACAGAUACUGGUCAGAUAACGGGGAUAAAACAAUCUAUUAUUGCACUGAACGAGCCUGGGAAUGGAAAGGCUGGACUAUGCAGCAGCCCUGAGCCUUCAGCCCAUAUUUCUCCUGGAAUUUAAGAGGAAUUCGUUGGAGGUAUGAAGACAUUCUCUUGUGUAUCCCGUGCAAUUCAAUUAAAGUGUCUGGAUCAAGGCGGCACUCAGCUCUGACCUGUGGGACUCCUGGUGUGGGGGGGGGGGGGGGCUUGGAGCGGAGGUGGAUACCUUGUAAUUAGCCCCACUCUCUCUGGGCUUUCGUCGUCUGCCUUUUAGGGAGAUCGAGCAACGGUGGGCAAAGUUUACUUGAGAGAAAAAGGAGAGACUGGACGAUACUUCAUGCAGUCUGCUCAAGGCUGAUCUCAGGAACCUGCAUGUUCACAAUAGCCUAUCUGGACAUUCCGUGGGGCGCACAGUGACGAUGAAUUGGCUACAUUGAUUUUAUUGUGGGAUCCAAGGCAUAGCCUACUAUCAACGCAGACCCAACACUGUUUCGUGCAAAGCCCUUUACACACGAGUUACUGACAGCUAAGGUCAAUUGUAAUAAAACAAUUUAUCGGGAUUGUCUGCGCCUCAGGUCUCAUGAAUGUGUCCUCUGCUCACGAUCCCCUUGUUUUGGAGAUGCAGCAGUGACGGAGACUUGCGAGGAGAAAGUCAGGAAAGGACGGGGCUCCGUCCGCGGAAAUAGUAGCUAUUAGGCCCUGCAACAAGGAGAGUGUGUAUAAAUAAAAACGCUGAUUGCAGUUAUUGCGCUCACGUACCCUGUAGGCUGCCUGGAGUUUCUCUGCGUCUUUAAAUUAAAAGCUAUUUUUUCCAUCGAGACCGCAAAUCACAUGUAGAGUCCAAUCAAACAUUGCGGAGGGUAUUUUUUUGGAUGAAGUUUUGCUCAAACCUGUAAACAAAACGUGGUUUAAUUCCAGGAGGUAGUAUCCUCAGUGUAGCUGAGCUGAACGGAAAACGGAGUGGAGAACUGGGAUUGGACAUGCACUGAUAAUUAAAAAAGGAUAUUGAUUGCAUCAGGCUAUUCGAAAAAGUAACUGGAUUUGAUUUCACACACACGAUUUCACAAGAACCAUUUAAGCACAUUUUCAAGUGGUUGUUUCUUUUUCCCCCCUUACGUAGAUUAUUUUGUAAUUGUCGAGUUUUCCAAAAUAUUGUUCCAGUGGGUAGGCAGCUGAGUGGAUUUGGAAACUAACAGAGCAAGCAGCGAGUUAACUGUGCAGUCUGAAGUGCGUCCAACACACGGGAACUUAGAGGAAUGCAGGGAUUGACGUCAUGAGGGGCAAUAAUGAACAAGCCAAAACUUGUGUAAGGUCUGCUGGUGUUUCUAUAGCCAUUACACUGCUUACUGAGUGUAGUUUUCUCUGAGAUGUGUUUUACUUUUAAGAUUAAACAAUCAUUGCCUAGUUGUUAUACUGCAGCCACAUACUAAGCUUUACUUCUUUAUCAACUCGAUCUGUGAAAUAAGUGUCCCUUCUACAUAGUCUCUGAUUUUUGGAUAGAUUAAAAAGCACCAUGGCAUCCCCCCAACAUCAACAAUUGCUGCCUCGCAACACAGAAGUGAGCUGUGACUCAAGUGGAGAUGGAGGCGUCUCCGUUAGGAUUGGCAGUAGUGUCAAACACAAGCAUGCAGGCGGGCCGCUGGGUUCAAUUGGAGGAGGCUUCAUGGGGGGAUCCAAGCAUUGCAAGUACAGCAUUUCAUCCAGCUGCAGUUCUGGAGAGUCUGGAGUCAAGAGGACAGUGGUUAAGAACUUUCGCUCACAGAAAAAGAUGCCUCAGCUUUUUGAGCGAUCUGCUGGUCAUUUCUGGGACCCUAAGUUUGACUCUUCAAUCCUGGAAGAAGCCUGUAGAGAACGAUGUUUCCCUCAGACCCGGCGGCGCUUCCGCUAUGUGCUGUUUUACCUGGUUGCCGCUGCCCUCCUCUGGGGAUUGUAUUUUGCUGCAAACCCUUCCCGCUGUGACAGGCUUGCCUUUCUUAUUCCCACCGCGUCUUUCCUCCUCUUCUGCCUCAUUCUCUUUCUCUUAACUUUCACUAAGCUUUACUCUCGCUGCUACAACCAAGCUUCGCUGCUGCUCAUCAUUGUAACCUUCACCCUAACCCUGGCCCCCCAGAUCCAGACAUCAAGUUUCAGGGAUACAGAGACUCCAACACCUGCACUUGAUAUGGAAGAAUUCAGUGGCAUGGGGCCCAAUUACAACCUGUCCUAUGAUAAGCCUCUAGGAGGUAACUCCUGGUCCCCUUGUAUUUCUCCUGUAGGCACCUUCUCCCUCUGUAUUGAGGUUCUUCUGUUGCUAUACAGUGUUCUCCAUGUUCGCCUCUAUGCUUCUAUCAUGCUCGGGUUUCUCUACUCUUUCUUUUUUGAGAGUCUGAGCUGGUUGCAUCUGACGCAGGCAGGGGAUAACUGGAGCCUAGCCUCUCUGUCAGACUGGGAUACAUUAUGUUGGCUUGGCCCAGCCAAAGCUCUGCUCCACCUCUGUGCCCACGCCAUUGGCAUCCACCUGUUCAUUAUGUCCGAGGUACGUUCGCGAAGCACCUUCCUUAAGGUGGGACAAGCUAUCAUGCAUGGCAAAGAUCUGGAGGUGGAGAAAGCCUUGAAAGAGCGAAUGAUCCACUCUGUCAUGCCCAGAAUCGUUGCUGAUGAACUCAUGAAGCAGGGUGACGAGGAGAUAGGUGACAAUUCUGUUAAACGAUACUCCACAAGCGGUGCAGCAGCUGUCAUCUCUAGCCCUAAAAACAAUAAACGCAAGAAAACCUCCAUCCCUCGUGGCCAGAUCAUAUUCAGACCCUUUAACAUGAAACGGAUGGAGCCUGUCAGCAUCCUCUUCGCAGACAUUGUGGGCUUCACCAAGAUGUCGGCCAAUAAAUCUGCUCAUGCCCUUGUUGGGCUUCUAAAUGACUUAUUCGGGCGUUUUGACCGACUUUGUGAGCUCACUGGCUGUGAAAAAAUCAGUACUUUAGGAGACUGUUACUACUGCGUGGCUGGUUGUCCUGAACCCAGACCAGACCAUGCUUAUUGCUGCGUAGAGAUGGGCCUGGGCAUGAUUCAGGCUAUUGAACAGUUCUGCCAGGAGAAGAGGGAGAUGGUCAACAUGAGAGUGGGUGUCCACACUGGUACUGUGCUCUGUGGUAUCCUGGGCAUGAAACGCUUCAAGUUUGAUGUUUGGUCAAAUGACGUCAACCUGGCCAACCUAAUGGAGCAGUUGGGAGUGGCUGGGAAGGUCCACCUAUCACAGGCCACUGCCAACUUCCUGGAUGACCGCUACCAGCAUCAAGAUGGACAAGUCAUUGAGAGAAUAGGACACAGUGUUGUGGCUGACCAGCUCAAAGGCCUGAAGACCUACCUGAUCUCUGCCAGGAAGGUGGAGCCUCUCUCUCUCUGUGGCUGUUCUCAGUCGGGGUUGGUGGGGCCUGAACAUGCAGACCCUCAGUGCCCCAACCCCGGGGUACAAACACCUGAUGGAGCCCCUCCAGCCGUCCCCUUGCCACCAGAUAGUGCUAAGUCCCCUUGUGUAUCAUGCAGUGUGGUUCUGAUACCAGUGGAAGAUCCGGUUCUCGAGGAAGGAGCAGUGCACAAUGGCUGCCAUGACGACCACAAGAUCAACACCAAGGACAUUACAAAUCUGAAGUGCUCCCCAGCGGUUUCUGCAGGACGCAGCCCCAAAGUUCUGAACGGCCUGCUCAGUCCUCAGCUGGAGGCCUUGACCAACAGCCAGACGUCGCUGUGUGAGAUGCUGCAGGAGAAGGAGAAGAAGACGUGGAGUGGAGGAACCAUGGGCAUGGACCACUCAGCGCUCAUCCCCCUACGCUCAAAGAACUUCAGGGAGAGGAGCGAUGCUCACUUUGUGGACGUUAUUAAAGAGGACAGCCUUAUGAAGGACUAUUUCUAUAGACCCCCAAUAAACAAGCUCAGCCUCACCUUCCUUGAGAGCAGCCUGGAGUCUGCCUACCGGAUAAGCUACCAGGAAGAGGUGGAAACCCAGGCACCGGUGCAGACUUUUGCCAGUCCAACAUUCAGCUCUUUUCUGGACAUGCUGCUCUGCUGUUUAGUGUUUCUGGCUCUCUCACUGGCCUGUUUCCUCCGACCACUUGUCACCCAGCAGAGCUUGUCCACACCAGCACUCAUUCUGACAGCUGGAGCCACCCUGCUGGAGACUGUGGCCCUUCUGUUUGCUAUACGUAUGGCUUUCUACCUGGACAGUGUGCUGCACUGCACUCGGAUGCUGAUGAGAGUGGUUUCAGGAUGGAUAGCGCGUCACUUUAUAGGAGCCGUCCUGGUGUCCCUGCCCACUGUGGCCGUCUUUUCCCAUGUUACCUGUGACAUGCAUCUCUCAAUUCAGUUCACCAUGUUCAUCUGCUGUGCUGUCAUCAUAGCUAUCAUUCAGUACUGUAACUUCUGCCAACUCAGCUAUUGGAUGCGCUCAGUUCUAGCAACUUUGGUGGGACUAGCAAUGCUUGCCUUGAUCUUCAGCUCCCCCUGCAGGUCGGAUGUUAAAAGCAAUACCAGCUUCAGUAACGGCUCCAUCUUCAUGUCUGAAAGUCCUCCAGACCCAACCCCAAAGGACCUGCUGGGCCCUGAGGCCUGCGUUGCCUUUUUCCUGGUCCUUCUCCUUAUCUUGUUCCUUAACCGUGAAUUUGAAGUUAGUCACCGCCUGCAUUACCAUGGCAACGUUGAGGCUGAUCAACACCGCAUCAAGAUCCAGAACAUGAGAGACCAGGCCGACUGGCUGCUACGCAACAUCAUCCCCAUCCAUGUGGCCGAGCAGCUAAAGGUCACCCAGAGCUACUCCAAGAACCACGACAAUGUGGGUGUCAUAUUUGCCAGUAUUGUUAACUUCAGUGAGUUUUAUGAGGAAAGCUACGAGGGAGGCAAGGAGUGCUAUCGUGUCCUCAACGAGCUAAUUGGAGACUUUGACGAGCUGCUACGAAAGCCUACGUUCUCGAAUAUGGAAAAGAUCAAGACUAUCGGUGCCACGUACAUGGCAGCAGCAGGACUCAAUGCGCAGCAGUGUGCUGACGCGGCACAUCCUCACGCACAUCUCCGCGCUCUUUUCGAAUUCGCCCUGGAAAUGAUGCGUGUGGUGGACGACUUCAACAAGAACAUGCUGGGUUUUGGCUUCAAGCUUCGCAUUGGAUUCAAUCACGGGCCUCUGACAGCGGGAGUGAUUGGCACUACUAAGCUUCUCUACGAUAUCUGGGGCGACACGGUUAACAUCGCCAGUCGCAUGGAUACAACAGGGGUGGAGUGCCGUGUGCAGGUGAGUGAGGAGAGCUAUUGUGUGCUUAGCGCUAUGGAUUAUGAGUUUGAUUAUCGGGGCACAGUUAACGUCAAAGGCAAAGGUCAGAUGAAGACCUUCCUUUACCCGAAGAGCAGUGAUAGUGGCCCUGUGCCUCAGUACCAGCUCUCAGUGUCGCCAGAGAUUCGGGCACAGGUGGAUGGUAGCAUCGGACGCUCACCCACUGAUGAAAUCGCGAGCAUGGUUCCAGCAACCAGCCUAACUGCUAGCAGCACACAUACUACGGUACCCAGUGCUGGUUCCUCAACUAUCAAAGGGCUAAGCCUCGGGAAAGAGGCCGUCAGGCGUUCCUCUACAGAAACCUCCAAUGCCAGAAGACCUUCAUCUCACCUAGACGGACCAACUUCUUCUGCAAAUAACCAACAGCUUCUCAUCUCAUCAUCGGCCCAGCAAAAUACGCCCAUAACGUCCCAAAAAUACAUCAAGAAGGACAAAUGCGAUGAAGCGCCUGACUGUAAUGUUGGAGAAUUAACACGCCUCUAAGAAUGUCAUAUUAUGGCGCUUUUAUCGUAAACUGUCUAUACCCUUUAAGCUCUUGUUCCUGCCAUUUGGCAUUUGUAGAAUUACAAUAUAUUUGGUCCUAGAAUCAGAGAAAGACCUGCAGGCCUCUUCUCUGCAGAAAGCAGACAGCAGGUUGUUUUUAGUGUAAAUCUGAUUGGCUGAAAUUAUCAGUGGAGGGUGCUGGCUGGACCUCAAAGCGACUGUCAGGCAGGAACACACAGAGGAAGUAUGAUGGGAGGUCUCUCUCAGACCUUUUCUUGCCUGCUAUAGAUCUCAAUUGUCUCCCAUUACUUGAUUAUCUGUAUACCUUUAAUCUUCAUUUAUUUUGUGUCUUUUAAGUGCCUAGAAUUAUGUGUAGACUAAGCCUUUUUUAGUAACAGAAGGAUAUCAUAAAAAGGGAAAACUGUAAAUAAGCAAACUUUUUGGGAAAACCAGCUUACAUUUUGUUACAACUUUGUAAACUAUGCUUUGCUAUUAUGCCUUUUAUUAAAGAAGAGCUUACUAUACAUAUGGAAAGUGCUACAACAUGAAGAUAAUCACAAUGUGUGUCAAUUAAAGGGAAUAUAUGUUAUAGUAAAAUCUGAACUACAAUGCAACAGAGUCUAUUUCCUUGUUCUUCAUGAGUACCAGAAACGUAUUUGCAUGCAAACCGUGAGUGUGUGUGUGUGUGUGUGUUCGUUUUUAUGGCUCUGUGUAGGAAGAAUAUCAUGCUCAGUUUGAUAAAGCGAGUUGCCUAUGAGUUAAUCAAAGACUUGCAGGAUGAGGACAGACAUUUCAGGAACGCAGUAGGGGGCAAAACAAAAUCUUAUGUCAGCUUUUUCUCUGGCCCCUGUUAAGAUCGUUGUCUUACCUCAGUACUGUGUCCUGUCCCAGCCACAUUUAAUCAGCAUGCUUGCAACGAUAGCAGCAUCGUAGACGAGGUUAGAUCUGUAGUUCUGUGCCCUCCCCCAUGAUUUGGGCUCUUAUGGGUACCCAAACUGUGUUAGAUGUUGAUGAGUAUUUAGAUGGAUCCUACAAGGUACUGCUGUACCUGUAGAUUACUUUGACCGUAGAUCAAUUACAGAAAACAACUGCCUAGGUUUUGCUAUGGAUUACACUGUGUGUUUAGGUGAUAUGGCUUUUUAGACAUGGAUAAUCAAAGUGGAAUGUCACUAAUCUAAACUAAAUGUGCUCUAUUGUAUUUAUUGUUACACAAAACUUGAACUUUCUAUGUGAAGCUCCGGUCUUUAAUUGUAUUAUUUGAAAUAUACUAUUUGAUGGAAACAGUUGGAUGCAUUAGCUGCUUCAUACUUUCAAUGGCAUGAAACUUAAUGUAAAAACGGCACUGUAACUGCAAAGGCAGUGCAACAAAUGUAUUUAGUUGUAUGUGUUUUUAUUCCUUAUAGACUUCUAUUAUGUCAGAUGAUGAAGGAAAUCAAACUGAUCAAACUGAUUAAACUGUACAUCUCGGUUGCUGAUACAUGUUCUCUCUUUUAUUGUUUUCUUAGCAAAAAGGAUUGUGUGCUCAGAGGCAAACACGUUUUACCAUGACGUCCACUUCAGUGUCUUUUGACUUUUGAUAUUUCAAUAUCUUUAACAACACUUAAACCAAUCAGUAUUUUAAAGUAAUAAUGCAAACAACACAAGGGACACAUUUGCCUUCUUUUAUCAUCAAAGGUAUUUUAACAAAUGCCUAAUAAGUUAAUAAUUGGUUGUUUUGUUCGUGCCUUUUAACUUUCUACUUCUUUUCACUGUCUGCUCUGUGUUGCUUUCAUUUCUUAAGACACUAAAUAUUUAUCUUAAGCUUUGCAGGAUAAUGUUAACUUUUGUGCUUUAAACACCUUUAAUUUAAAAGAUGUUUUCUAAGGUAAAAAAAGCAGUGCCUUUUCUUAAGUUUGAAAGGGGAAAUUCCUUCCUUUACACUUAUGGGCACACAACCCUUUUACCAGCCUAAAAUAAAGGUAGUUUUAGAAUAAUAUUUGUUAUUAUUUAAGUGUUUAAUCAAGAUCAAGAUACUUCAGUGUCAAGUAAAGUGUAUUAGCAACAUUUCUUUUUUUCCUUCCUUGGUUAUUUUGAUAACAUUUUUUUCUAUUAGUAUUGUAUUUGGGAUAAACAAGAAUAAUUACAUAGCUGUGUUUUCUAUUUUCUGCCCUUUUCUUUUUCUACCAACAUGAUCCUAAAUGUUGCUUUGGGUUGAUUUAUCGAGAUGUAAGUGACAUUCUGAUCCAGCAGAAUGGCACACUGUGAAAAUGUUGAUGCCAAAGAAUGUUAUUGCCAUCACUUAGAGCUUUUUUGUAUCUUAUUUUCUCCUUAAUUUGCAGGUUAUCUUGUGCUUGUUCAAUAACAUUUAUAUAUUCACUGUUAAGGGACAUUUGCAAAGGAGCUCACUUUUUAUGUAUAGUAUGGCUUUAUAUUGUAUCGUUUCUGAGCAUUUUCUAUUAUUUAUAUAGACGCAUGUACUAGAGUAUUAAAUAGUCUAAAGAACUGGGUAAUUUGACUAUGUUGGAAUAACACUUGUGUGUUCAGUUUGCCUGCAUGUCCGUAAAAAAGUGUGUUUGUAAAACUGUGUGGUUGUGUGUUUUUGUAAGCAAUGCUCCAUUUGUAUCAUCUCAAAAAGUAUGACAUGCAAGACAAUAAGGCUUCAGUCAUACAGACGUCCUUUAUUUCAUUUUCUAAAAAUAAAAAGUGGGCUAAUAAAAUGGGCGAGACACUGCUAGAUGUCUGCACUUAGGCAGUAUUUCAGUAGGCUGCUACAGCCAAGUUUUAAGGCAUUGUUGCUUUAUUUAGAAAUGUUUUUGUACAUAGCACGUUAAUGGGUAAAUGCAAGUGAAGGUCACAAUUGAAUAAAAUAAAAUUAUGGUACAUUUUGUCUGGUUGAAUUUACAGUGUAGCCUGUUGCUACUUCUGAUUCUGUAUUUGUACUUUACUUUAGUAUUUGAUGCUGUGUUAUACUGUAUGUAUUUUACACUAUACUUUGCAUUGCCUUGUUGCUUUUGUAGAUUGAGAUUUCACAAACAAAACAUUAGGCGUUGUUAUAAAAUAUUUAAAAUUGCCAUGGAUUAAAUUACCCAACAUAAAAUAAAGUAGUUUAAAAUUCAGUCUAAUUCAAACCAGUGUCAAGAUUAAUUUCUGCUUACAACAGUAACUGAAUGAGUAAUGGAAAUCUUAUAUGCAAAAUAGAAGGGUAAGGUAUGCUGCAUUAUAAAUACUAUUACUUUAAAUUAUGUAGGCAGGCUUACAUUUAGCUUAUAUUAGUUAGCUACUAUUUAGCUUUUACAUGCAACACAUUGACUUCAAGUGGAAGUGUUUUAUAUAUGUGAAUAUGGUAGAUCUGAAUAGAAAGUGGUUGUAAUAUAAUGCUUUAAUGUUAUACUUUAAUAAGACAUUUCGGAAGACUUAAUCAAAUGGUUUACAUAAGGAGACGAACGGUUUAACAAAGUGUGCAUUAAAAAAUAUACUAAAGUUAAGUACAAAAGUAUCAUUAGUAAAAUGUUAAGUAUCAAAGGUAAGGGUGCUCAUUAUGCAUAACAGCCACUUCACAGAAUCUUACAUUAUUGGAUGUUUUAGCAAUGACGUAUUUUCUUGUACGCAACAUUUUAAUGGUGUGUAUUAUUGUACAUUUGUACAACAAGGAGACAAUGUCAACACAUUUGUUUAUUUCAAGGUAUAAUGCGUGGCCGUGAUUCACAUUUUACAAGCUUUGCAUGAAAGAACAUUGUAAAAUAUAAAUAGCUGUCGGAUAAACUUGAAGUAAAAGUA